AUGGCCGCCCCCUUCUCUCUCCCGACAACCCACCGGGCGCUCGUCCUCGACAAAAUCGGCGAACCCCUUCGAGUCGAGACACGGCCCACACCCCAGGUAUCCCCCGGAACAGCAGUUGCGAAGAUCCUCGUGGCCGGACUGCUCUCCUACUCACGGGAGAUCUACAACGGCACACGCAAAUACAACCUCCCCACACCAUGUGUUCCCGGAAACGCGGCCAUCGGACGCAUUGUCGCGGUGGGCGCUGACGCCACCAGGUUCAACCCCGGAGAUCUCGUCCUCAUCGACAUCUUCAUCCGCGGACGUGACAACCCCAGCAUCGGCGCUCUCUCCGGGGUUCACGAUGGCCACACAGAGGCCAGCAAGCGCAUGAUGCACAGCGAGUGGCGCGACUCGACAUAUGCCGAAUAUGCGAAAAUGCCGCUCGAGAACUGCUUCCCGCUGAAUGAGAAGCGGUUGCUUGGGGAUCCGUCCGACGGCGGGCUUGGAUAUACCGUUGAAGACCUGCUCUAUAUGCUGCCGCAGAUUGUGCCGUUCGGGGGACUGCGUGCCAUCGGAUUGGAUGUGUGUGAUCGUGUCAUUAUCAGUCCGGCGACGGGGGCGUUUGGGAGUGCGGCGGUGCAGGUCGCUCUCUCGAUGGGGUCGAGUGUUAUUGCGAUGGGGCGGAAUAAGGAGACCCUUGAGGCGGUGCGGGGGUUUUUUGCGUCUCAGUUUGGGGAGGAUCGCAUCCAGGCGGUGCCUAUCACGAAUGAUGUGCAGCAGGAGGUGGAGAGCCUGGCGAAGUUUGGGCCAGCGGAUGUUUUCUUCGAUAUCUCUCCCCCGCAGGCGGCGGGUUCGACGCAUGUGAAAAGUGCCAUCCUGUCGCUCAGGCACUCCGGGAGGGUGUGUCUUAUGGGGGGUCAGAGGGAGGAUGUGGGCAUUCCAUUGGUGAAUGUGAUGCGCAAUGAUCUGACCAUCAAGGGUAAGUGGAUGUAUGAGAGAGGGGAUGUUGCCAGGGUCAUUCAGAUGGUGGAAUCGGGGGUCUUGAAGUUGGGAAAGGAUGCUGGGAGCCGGACGGUGGGUCGGUUUCCGUUGGAGAACUGGAAGGAGGCGUUUGAUCUGGCGGCAGAACAUGCUGGUCCUGGUGAGAGAGUGGUGUUCACUCCCUAA